UCGGCGUCAGUUGGUGUUGGUUGGUAUCGUUUAGCAAUUUCGAUAUCGUUCGGCGUUACAGCCCACCAUCGCUUGAUUACUCGGUAACUUGUUGGUUUCAUCUGGCCUCGUUCAGCUUCGUUCGAUCGGGAAGUCAUUCCGUGGCCGUGCAUUUCUCUCUUUGCUCUUAACAAGCGUUGUAUCGCAAACAACGGCUUCGAAAACACUGCGUGUCGCAAUCGCGGUUCGUACCCGCGAUCACGAUCCUCGGAAUCCGGAGUGAGACGAGUGGAAUGAUAAAUGGUCGCCACCAGCAGCAUGGUAUAUGAGGAGAUAGUCGAUAUACGGGGCAGCUGACCCCAGCCACCGCGCACGCUUUUCACGCGCGAGAUGCCCCACAAUUUAAACUCAGCUUCCGCCAACUUCGUCAACACGGGACCGAAUCAUCAAGUCUAUCCACAGCAGCCGUACCAUCGAGAGAAUGCAGAUGGAGUCCAGCCCGAGAAAGAACCGGUGGAAUUCGACACGUCGCAUUUGCGAGGCGCUCCAGCGGAGGUCGAAGCGUUGGUACACAACAUCAAGGAGGUCGCCCAGCAAUUUCUCUAUCAUUGGCGAACGUUCCCUGUCGUUCUGCCCCCGUCAUUAUCUUCAUGCACAGAAGGCGAGGAUACGUUGGCACGAAAGAAAUACCAUCUAAGGGAUCUCUUCGUGGCGCCCAGCUUUGAUGAGCUGGACGCCGUUGCCGUGGACAGCAAGGGUGAGCCUAGAAGACUGACCAACAAACAACUGGAGAGCAUCAGAGAGCGAGGCUUGCACAAGGAUAAAUAUGGAAAGCCGAAGAAGCUGAAUGCCACUCAGUUGGAGAGCAUUCGAAGAUGCGGAGAGUUCGAAGUAGACUCGAUCAACUUCGCCGGGCAGACUCAUCGAUGGCGAUUGAGCGGUCUUCUACAACGCGGCCGAGACAGACGGCGGGAUGCGUUACUCACAGAUCUCGCCCUGGCGACUAGGUUUCUCGUUGUAACGGCAAAGGCUAGAUUAAUUUCCCAUUGCUUCAGUGUCUCACAAUCUCUUAAAGCCUUGUUAACGGGGCUGUUACGACUUCUCGACAUUAUAAUCGGUGUACCGUCGCUCCAGGCACACAAUCUAGAUGCUAAAAUUAGAGAGGAACGCUGCCGAUAUCUGGUGGCGGAAUUAGUCUGUAAGCCAGAAUAUGAGGAUUCUUUGGAACUCCUUUGUGGAUUUAUACGGAAGCAACUUCGUCGGGCGACAACGGAGAAAUUCGAAGUCGAAAGAGAAUCGUCCCAGCUGUUGCCCGUUUCAGUUCCUUUUGUAUUUGGAACACCUGGUGGGGCCGCGGUUGAUCUCAGGCUGUUUAGCAGAGACAUAAUCAGAAAAGCUUUACCGACGCUCGUUGCGAUUCUGGAGAGAGAGACAAGAGGCUGGUUCCUUCACUUCAGAGAAAGACUGAUAUCGGAAUUGAGAGCACAAAAGAAAUCGGACGAUGAAAUAGAACGAGAAGUUAACGAAGCAGUAAUGCGCGAGUACUUGCAAAGAGUGUAUUCAAAUAUCUUGUCGCAUCCUGACAUACUUGCACUAGGUGAGGGCAUUGCUCAGUUGCUGGUUCAACAGGCACAGUCGAUUGUGUUGAUGCACCGAGCAGUAGAGAACGUGCAACGGAAACUAUCGCAAACCAAAGAAUCUCUGCGAUAUCGCAUCGAAAGCGAGCAUCCGAUCCUGUCACGGAUACAACCAUGGAUGCGCGAUCGCAUGCGUGAAGCCGAGGAGAAUUUUAUCGAAGAAUGCGAAUGGAGUGCGCACGAAGAAGCUCUUGCACUCUGCAGCCAUCAGAAUCUCACACAGACCGUGUACUUUCUCAAUCGUGAUUUAACUUUCAUGAAAGAGAGAGAACCAGUUCUUCUGAAAGAACUGCGGAAGGUGAAAACCCCGACGAGAACUUUCCAAUGGCCGACCCAAAUCUGGCUACCAAAGAACUGGAUAAUAAGACGCAAUUUUCAAGGUCAGUCCGAAAUCAUUCCUACUGUACUGAGCAAUACUCCGACUUCUAUCACGACGCCUCGCGCUGAUCCCAGUCAACCCGUCUUUUUGGUUGAAAGAGAAAUUGUACACACAACUACAACAAGAUGGCCGAUGUGGCGCUGGAUAAAUUAUAUCGCCAGAACAUGGUGUUGGACAUGGAAUGCAAUGUUCUUGUUGGGUGUAGCCGUACCAUGGUGUAGUCCAGUAUCUUUCCGCGCUUUAUUAUUGAUACAACCAUUUACACCCGACCUGGAAUUGAGUCAACUAAAUGGAACAUUGUUUCCGAGAAAAUCAUCUCAAAUGCCUACUCUCUGUUCUCGACUAAUAGCACUGUGGAGGCAUAUUAGUAAAAGUCGAACGCACUUUGAAACUGAACCAGAUACAGGAUUCAUCGGCAAAGGUAUGACCAGACAUUUAAAUAGGCUAUGGAACUACGGUGCAAAAGGUCUAUUAGGCACACUCAUCAUUCUAUUCGUGUUUCCCAUCGUGUGCGUUCUGGCGAGCGUUAGUUCGCUGGUUAUCACUUUUACUGCGAUCUUGUGGAUGCCUCUGGUCACAAUGACGUUGCAUGCGUUCAUGGCUCUCGUGAUGGAUCUGGAUAGUCCUGAGCCGAAUCGCAAUCGAUAUUUCGUGGUGAUGGAAGCAUUAGUCUGGAAUAUCGGUAUUCAAGGCUGUCUGCAACCGAUAGCGGCGUUAUUCGUAGCUCUUGCCCUAUGUCCAGUCAUCUCAUUCGUGAUACUUACAAUUGCUGUGAUACGUUAUUGGGUCAGAGUGCUCUGGGAUACGGCUAUGUUCCACUUAGUGAUCAAAAAUAGAGGUCGAAUACCAGCGAGCGACAGUUUUGUCGUAAAGAGAAUAGCUGGACCGGGACUAGCUUCGGAUUAUUAUUAUCAAAUACGAGCGGAACAAGCAUUGGCCGCGUUUGAAGCGAAAUUAGAAUUGGACGAAUUGCUGGCUUAUCAACAAGAAACUGAAAGAUUAAUCACUCAACCGCAGAGAGAUUUUACUCAAUUUGUCGAAGCCUGUUUUGGUCCAUUCGCUGCUAGUCUAGCCAAGACAAAGGAUCCGUACAAAUCGCUUGAGAAAGAAGCCAAAGAUUUAAUCGCUGUGUUGCACGAGAAGCUGGAUCGACGAAGAAAGAAUUUGCAGACAGGCCUCGGUGUUGCGGUGCGGAGUAAGAUAAAAUUAACCACUUUCGAUUUAAAGGUGGUUAUACAACAAGGCGCAUUGAUGUUAGAACGUCUCUAUCCCACUCACGUUUUGGCGAGAUUAUCUGGAAAUGAGGAAGACUUUUGGGAGAACAAAGGUUUAGGGAUAUGCGACUGGGCGGGCUUGGCAGGGCUUAUGUAUGCCGAUAUCUUCAGUCUAGAUUUUCUACAACCACUCGACGAUUCUGAUACAAAAUUCAGAUUGGAACCGCAUCCGGGAGUCGAUUUGUUACGAUACACGGACAUAGUACACAGUACUGAGCUUGGUGGCAUUAAUGGACCCGAUUUACUCGGCGCUGUUUACGCACCACGUGGGAAUAUCCAAGUGCACAGCCCAUAUCUCGAGGUAUCUGCUUUCAAUCCGAGAGCUAAACAAGCUAGCAACAGCAGAAAGUCUGACAAACGAUGUGAUACUAACGGCCUGUUAACAUCAACGAAAAUUCGAAGACGCACGAUGACGAAUGAGAACAGCGCGGAGGGACGGUGGCAGCCGUGGAAACGUCAAAUUCAUCCGUAUAGUGCGGAGAAAUUGGUGAUACCUCUACCGAUUCCGCAUCCGGCUCACAUAGCGAUGACCAUACACAAUCGCGAUUCGGAGGAUCCGAUACCGCUCGACUCCGAACUGUGUCAGAACAUCCUUCGAGCCAUCGAGGAGUCGCCCGGCGAGAUGGCGACGGAAUAUGUGAGUCGAUACAGAGGUGGCGGUGGCGACUCCAGCUUCGACUCCGUCGCGUCGCAGUCAUCGGUCUCGAUCGACACUGGUCUAAACAAGGAAAACGACACAACGCAGGAGACCGCCGCUGCGACCACCGAGAGGGAAGGCGAAACCUACCACUGGACGCUGUCAAAUUGGGGCGGUGGCAUAACGCGAAGACGGAAUAAUUCUGGAUCCAUAAAGGUUGAUCUAGCGUCACCAGAGGAUGUCACCCUCGACACAGAUACCACCAGAGUGAUGUUCAGCACAUACGGAACAACCGUCUAAAUUAAGUCCGCUAUUAUACGCGCCGAAUAAAAAAUUAUUUCAUUUCGCAUUUAAAUAAUGUUAAAAGAAAGAAAGAGA